UCAUUUCUUUCCUUACUCCCCCGAUUCCUCCCACCUUCCUUCUUCUUCUUCCAUGCCACACACCAUUCCCAUUUCUCAACCAUGAGUUGCAACGGUUGCCGUGUUCUUCGAAAGGGCUGCAGUGAAUCCUGUAUUCUUCGCCCUUGCUUGCAGUGGAUUGAUACCUCCGAAGCUCAAGGUCACGCCACUGUAUUCGUCGCUAAGUUCUUUGGCCGUGCCGGUCUUAUGUCAUUCAUAUCUGCUGUACCUGAAUCUCAGAGACCUUCUUUGUUUCAGUCUUUGUUGUUCGAAGCUUGCGGACGCACCGUGAAUCCCGUUAACGGUGCUGUUGGUCUUCUCUGGACUGGGAACUGGCACGUUUGUCAGGCUGCCGUCGAUACUGUCUUACGAGGCGGUACGUUGCGGCCGAUCAAUGAUUUCCUUGCUGCUGGAUCCCCUAAUCUGGCCUCCGACGACACUUCCGAGACGGAAGUAGGAUGUACCGACAUGUGGAAGAUACGAGAUUCUUAUCCUAAUUCUCGAUUCUCCAACUCCCGAUCUAGGCUCUCGCCGAAGCGCAAGCGGUCCGAGGAAGCAUCCACUAAGCACCAACUGAACGACCUAGAUCUCCGCUUGACUCCCACUUUUCCAGCCAAAUCAACCCUCCGCGCCGCUACGCCGUCCAUGAAUUCGGAGGAAUCCGAGACCACAACAUGCUUCGAGAGCGGCCUCGGUGAUAAUCACCACCAUCAUUAUCCAGAAGAAGGAGUCGCUCAACGGAAACUUCUCAAUUUGUUCGUCUAAAGGAACAGAAUUUUCCAACACACACUUGGCUUGGUACUGUGAAUCAGAUGUUCAUACGUCAACAGCCAACACCCCUUUUAAGUAGGCGAUUUUUUUUUUUUUUUUUUAAUCAUUAGAAAUUUUGUGGGUUUAAUUUAAGGAAGAAAACCCGGAAGUGAAGUGACCGGGAAAGGAUUCCGGCGAGUUUUGUUGAUUGUAAUUGUAAAAUGGAAGGCACCGGUACAGGAUUUCAGUCCUCCGUCGAGGGCAGAGGAGUGAGAAAUGAGCGUCUGUCGGUGGUCCCUUUUGUUGGUUAUUUUUCCAUUUUGUAAUUUAGCUGUGGGUGACUGCGUGACUCAAUAAAAUUCAAAAUAAAAACAUAUAUAUAUAUAUAUAUAUAAUCCAAUUUGGCA